AUGGCGUCGCCGUUCCGCAUCGACAUCCAGUCGGAGCCGGCAAAGGCGCUCCAGGCCUCGAUCCAGGAUGCGCUCGCCCAGCACGGCUACUCGUCCUCGGACGACCCCGUCAUGGCCGAGUACAUCGUCGUCAUGCUUGCAAACCAAAAGACAAAGGAACAGAUUACCGCAGAGCUCAACGACCUCGUCGGCUCCGAGUAUCAGCCUUCUUUCACCGAUUGGAUUUGGACCGAGACCGACCGCUUCAUCAACGGCGACGCCGCCACAGCCGCUCCCACGUAUGAGCAGCAGAAGCAGCAGCAAUCAGGCUACUCGGAUGCAGGCCCCUCCACCCUCGCCACGGUGGACGAGGAGAUUGGAGACGCAGAUGAUCAGGGGCGCAGGUCGGCAGGAAGGAGCGCAUCGCCGGCUCAGCAGCAGCGGCUGCGCGACCGGAGGCGGAGCAUCAGCCCCGAGACGAGAAACAGGCGGACCAAAGGCGACAGCUGGUCGAGGCAAGACGGAUCCCAGGACCGCGCUAUGCGAGGGUGGGCCGGCGACAACGACGACCAGCGCGGCGCCAGAGGCGGGCCCAACGGCCGCGCCUUUUGGCAGCAAAUGCCGCGUUCGCAGCACCAGCAAGACGACCGACAGCGUCAACGACCGCCAAGAGAGCUUUUCAACUCGGCUAUGGCCCAAGCCACUGGCGCUCAGGGAGGACCACGUUCGGCCGCAGGGUGGGGACAGCGACAGCAGCGAGGCGGCGGGCCCGGCGGGGACGGCUCCUCGCUGGCGAUGGACGACCCGUCGCUCGCUCGGCAACAAUCUUCGCUGCAAUGGCAGGGACAGUCUGGGCCCGGCAUGCGGAUACAGGGAGUUUCGCAGCCGGCCAGGCAGCGGCCGGAUCUCUUCAGCAACGACCACAACGUGCCGACGGGCCCGAGGGCAGGCUCCGGCGCCUCGCUCAGCAUCUUCGGACGCGCCGGUAUCCCUGACCCUCGAGCGGCCGAGUUCGUGCCCGGGCAAUCCUUCAACUCUCCCGGCUUGCCAGCCCAGCAGCCUCUCGUGCCGCAAGAUCAGCAGCAGACGCCCGCGGCGGGAGCAUCCGGCACUCCCUCGAUCUUUGCUCGCAUCGACCCAAUGAUACCCAACAACCAGCUUCCCGACGCGAAGGCGGCCGAGGGUCAUGCUGCAGCCCGAUCCGUGGAUUACCCGUCUGCCCCGAGCGAAGUGGCGCUCUGCCGCUGGAACCUCGGUUGCACCAACCCGUUGUGCCCCUACAGCCACGCCUCGCCCGCCAACGCCGGCAAGGACGGCGACGCCAACGCCCUGGUGCUGAGCCAGGAGGCGUGCCGCUUCGGCGCCGGCUGCACCAACCGCGACUGCACGCGCAGCCACGUGAGCCCCGCCAUCGCCUUCAUUGACCGCAAGACGGCUUCGGCGGUGGCGUCGCUCCUUCCAGGCACCAGGCCCGGCCCGUCGUCCGCAGCCGCUGGCGCCUCGUCGUCGUUUGGCGGCAUCGUGCAUGGCCAGCAGCCCUGUCGGUUCCAGAUGACGUGCACCAACGCCUCUUGCACCUACGCCCACUACGAUGAGAACGGCAACACGGUUCCGAGCCCUGCUCUCAGGGCCCUGACGUCGCAGCCGCCAUCCACGUCAGGUUCAGCAGCAGCGACCAACGCCAUGGACAUGACAAUGUCAUCCGAGGGCUCUGUCGACCUCCAGACCGAGCUCGCUGGCACCGAGGCUGCCGCCCAGCCUUACGAUGCGGCGACGACGACGACGACGACGACGACGACGACGACGACGACGAAAACGCCGGCGGGACUGGACCGGGCGCUCGGCGAGGGCGACAGGAGCGCGAAAAAGUGCAAGUUCGGGCUCGCCUGCACGCGGCCGGACUGCUUCUUCUCGCACCCGCCUGGCCGAAGGAUCGGAGCCCGCGCAUCGGCGGGUGGCGCAGGGCCGACACCCUGCCGUUUCGGACUGGGCUGCACGCGAGCCGACUGCUACUUUACCCAUCCCCCCGGUCGUACCCUGGCCACGGCCAACGACGGCGCCUCGAACGGCCACAUUUCGGACCGGCUCGCCAGGUUUGCGCAGUCGAGCAACGAGGAGAUGGAGACCAUCAUCCCUGGCACCUCGUAG